UCAUCGUGAUCGUAUCUCGAAUCGUAUAUAUUUUAUUAUUAUUUCACUGAUUGAUAAAGUAGUAAUUCGUUAUUUAUAUUUCACUUAAAUAAGUUAGUGUAAUUCUAAUUCAGGCUUUAGACUAGCAAUGGCUGGUGCUGGCAUUUUGGAUAGUGAACUUCAAAAAUUAGUGGAUAGCUCUAAAAUUCUUGUUGUUGGAGCUGGAGGAAUUGGUUGUGAGCUGCUAAAGAAUCUAGUUCUCACCGGCUUCAAGGAAAUUGAAGUGAUCGAUUUAGACACAAUUGAUGUUAGCAAUUUGAAUCGCCAGUUUUUAUUCCACAAGCAACAUGUGGGAAAAUCUAAAGCUAAGGUGGCCAAGGAGAGUGCUCUUCAGUUCAAUCCAGAUGCCAACAUUACUGCACACCAUGAUUCUAUCAUGAACCCCAAGUACAAUAUCAGCUACUUCCAACAGUUCAAUGUUGUUUUGAACGCACUGGAUAAUCGCGCAGCCCGCAACCACGUCAACAGGCUCUGUCUCGCCGCUGAGGUUCCGCUGAUAGAGAGUGGAACGGCCGGGUUUGACGGACAAGUGGAGCUCAUCGUCAAGGGCAAAACUAAGUGCUACGAGUGUGAUCCCAAGGCCCCACAAAAGACAUUCCCAGGGUGCACCAUCAGGAACACCCCGUCAGAUCCUAUCCAUUGCAUUGUCUGGGCCAAACACUUGUUCAAUCAGCUUUUUGGAGAGGAGGAUCCAGAUCAAGAUGUUUCACCAGACACGGCAGACCCUGAGGCGGCUGGUGAAGCAGGUGAGGGGGCCCUCAAGGCUAAAGCAACAGAGGAAGGAAACGUUGAACGAGUGUCAACCAGGGCUUGGGCUCAAUCUUGCCAAUACGACCCAGAGAAACUGUUCACCAAGUUGUUCAACGAUGAUAUAAAAUACCUACUGUCCAUGGGCAACUUGUGGAAAACAAGACUAGCACCAACCCCAUUGGACUGGAAUAAUCUCCCCGAUGGAGUGCAAGGCAGCAGUCGAGAGCCAGAGAACGUGUUGAGAGACCAGAGGUGCUGGAGUGUAGCAGAAUGUGGCAAGGUGUUUGCCGACAGUUGCAAAGAACUUGCACAACAAUUCAAGGCGCUGAAAGAAGGAGAUCAUCUAGUAUGGGACAAAGACGACAAGGCUGCCAUGGACUUUGUGGCAGCUUGUGCCAACAUCCGAGCACACAUCUUUGGCAUUGCCAACAAGAGUCGGUUUGAUGUCAAAUCGAUGGCAGGCAACAUCAUCCCCGCUAUAGCCACUACCAAUGCCAUAGUGGCUGGCAUGGUGGUGCUGCAUGCACUCAAGGUGUUGCAGGGUCAGUUGGACCAGUGCCAGAGUGUCUACCUAAGACUGAGGCCGAACCCUCGCGGACAGAUCAUAGUACCAGAGAGGCAACUGCAGGCACCUAACCCCAAGUGUUAUGUCUGCUCGUCCAAGCCUACUGUGGCGCUGUCAGUGGAUGUGCAGAAGAUGACUGUGAAGGAGCUAGAGGAGGCAGUGCUCAAGAAGGCCUUGAACAUGGUCGCUCCAGAUGCUCGACUAGACGAUGGCUCAGGAUCUAUCAUAAUCUCAAGUGAGGAGGGAGAAACAGAACACAACAACAACAAGACUCUUACGGAAGUUGGCAUCCGAGAUUCUACUGUCAUGAUAGUUGAUGACUUCCAACAGAACUAUGAACUCGCAGUAGUCAUCACUCACAAGGAGGAGUUCUCUGAAGGCCAAACUUUUGAAUUGAUUGCUGGUGAAGAUGCAAAACCUAAAGAAGCCGAAGAUGCUCCUAAAAAUGGAGACAGCAAAGAAGAGAGUGAUGAUGACGACAUGAUGAUCUUGGGAGAAGAUGAGGAAGUGUGUGAGGUUGAACCUACUAGCUCGGCUAACAAGAGGAAGCUGCCCGAGGCGGCCGUUCCUGCCAAGAAGAGGAGACAUAACAGUGAUGAGAUUACCUGCUUGGAUGACACUGAUGAACCCAUUACGGUCUAGAUUCGUGUUGUGUUCUACGUUCACAAAUAUUUGUUAAUUACAUUGUUGUGAUAAUUUAUAUUUUAAUUUGUAAAAGGUAUUGAUAAAUCUAUGUUACUUAGACCAAGUUGCAUAAGAAGACCAAAAAUUUUAAAGGUUAAGACAAAAAGUUAAAUACAGUAUUUCAGUUACUAUUCAUACAAACGAGGUAAAAGUUUAAAUGGUGAAACACAAAACAAAUUAUAUAUUCUACUCGACUGUCUGUUUUUUGCUACAACAUUUCAGUUACUAAAAAAUGUUAAAGAUAAAAUUAUUUUACCUACAAACUUUAGAAGGAUAAGAAUAAUUUGUAUCUCGAUUGAUGAGUGGAAUAGUUCUCCUAUAGUUUAAGUAAUUUUGUACAAUAAAAACCUUUUAAAAUAAA